AUGAGUAGCAUGGAGGAGUUCAAUUUUCACUACAAAUGCUCAACUAUGAAGCUUACUCAUCUGAUUUUUGUUGAUAACCUCAUGCUGUUUAGCAAAGGGAAUCUUCAGUCUGUUGUUCUCAUGAAGAGAGCUCUCAAAGCCUUUGCAGAGGUUUCAAGAUUGGAAGCAAGCCCUGAAAAGACUGCAGUGUAUUUUGGUAGUGUUCCUAAGGAUAUUCAGCAAAGUAUACUGAGGUUCACUGGAUUUCAAAAAGGUGCAUUCCCAUCCAGAUAUUUAGGGAUCCCUAUCACAUCCAAAAGAAUUUCCAAAGGUGAUUGUGGUAUUCUUGUGGAUAGGAUUUUGAAAAGAAUUGUGUGCUGGAGUUCCAGGCACCUAUCAUAUGCAGCUAGGGGCCAACCUGUGGAGAGGCAAAAUUCAUCUGCAGAAACUCCUCCCAUUGCUUGGAGUUGGAUUUGUAAACCUAAGCGGUAUGGGGGCUUGGGUAUUAGAGAUUGUUUAACCUGGAAUACAGCAGCAAUUGGGAAAUAUGUUUGGCAACUUGCAAAAAAGGAGGAUACACUCUGGAUAAAAUGGGUACAUCAUGUCUAUAUCAAGGAGGAGAAUUUGGUGGGAGUACAAGCCCACCUGCUAACUGGGCAUGAAAGAACAUUUGUAAGGUGA